AUUAAAAAGAUCUCUGCUUUUAUGUGCUGAUGCUGUAGCAUAUAAAAGCUCAACCCUCUUGAUGACAGUGGACACAGCUGGAGACAGAAGUCAGUGAUGAAGUUCUUAACGUUUUAUUUACUGCUGCCUGCAUUUGCAGCUGCAGUAGUGACACCCCCAGUCAGAGCUGAAAGACUAAAUGUGUUAAGCUUUCUAAAUGAUGCAUUUUGCACAACUACUGAAAAGGCUGCAACUACGAAAACCAAAGCAUACAGCAACCCUCCAAAACAAGUAAAUGUGCCAAAUUCUGAAGAUUUGUCUGACUCUAAAUCUAUGGAGAAUGUGGACACUGAUGGAUUUCCAGACCUUGAUAGCGAUGAAGUCUUGAGUCGUGAAGCUUUGGCAAAACAGCAGGCUCCACUGAGGAGGAUGACAGGUGAUGGCAAAGAUAAUACGCAGCCGAUGGGUAUGACCAGAAGACUGAUCCUGGACCACAAGAGCCAAAAGCUAAAUGGGAUCCACGAGGAGCUGCAGGCAAGCAGAGAGUCGGCUGAUCAGGACAGUGAGGAGGGAAUGAAGGUGAAAGCUCACGGUGUCCAUGAAAGCACUGAUGUCCAAAGGCAGGCAAGACCAGGAAUAGUGAAAGGCAUUAAUGAUAAGAUGCUCCCAGGCCAAAGCAGAGAGAUGCUGGAUUGGAAUAGUUUGGAAGACAACAAUGGCAGAUUAACUGCAGGAGGCAGCAGUAAAGACGCAGACUAUGAUGAAACUAGAGAAUCUGUCAGUUUGGAAACAUAUCCAUCCAAGCCCAGCAGCUUGUCUGUUCCAGCCAAGGGCUGAGCUGCCUGACGAUCAAACAGGAGGUUUAAUUUCUUCCUCAUUUUAAGUCAGAAGCCUCCAUCUGUUGACUCAUAGGAUGCAGACAGACUGCUUCCAAAUAU